AUGACAAUCACCCAUUUUACCCCAAUCAUAACAUUCACACUAUGCACAGCGGGCUUGGCCCUAUCCCGAAAACAUUUAGUCUCCUCUCUAUUAUGUAUCGAAGGCAUAAUACUCGCCCUAUUCACCUCCUUAGCUACCAUUUCCCAAACACUCAACCACACAACCAUUACAACCCAACCUAUUAUCUUACUUGCCUUCGCAGCUUGCGGGGCAAGCACCGGAUUAGCCCUGCUUGUAGCCACAACACGAACCCAUGCCUCAGACCAUCUUAAAGCCCUUAACUUACUAAAAUGCUAA